UUCUUCACCAAUCAGUUAAAUUUCAGAACACUUGUUCAAUUUCAAGACCAAAAAAAAAAAAAAAAUGGAAGUUGCGCAAAUUCUGUGCAUGAACAAGGGAGGCGGAGAGAGGAGCUACGCCAAAAACUCGUCGCUUCAGAGCAAAAUCAUAUCCGAUUCGAAGCGGAUCACGGAGGAAGCGAUCGAGUCCAUGAUAAGCUCGUGCGCCGCGCCGCAGCAGAGCAUAGCCAUAGCGGACUUGGGCUGCUCCUCCGGGCCCAACACCUUGCACCUAAUCUCCCACGCUCUCCACCUUCUCUACGCCGAAUGCAAGCGCCUCGGCUGCCCGUUGCCCGAAGUUCUGGUCUUCCUCAACGACCUCUUCAGCAACGACUUCAACUACAUAUUCGGCUCUCUGCCCGAUUUCCACCGCCGCCUCCUCGCCGACAACGCCGGCGAGGUGGGCCCCUGCUUUGUCUCCGGCGUGCCCGGUUCCUUCUAUGGGCGGCUGUUUCCCAAAAACAGCCUGAAUUUCGUGCACUCUUCUUCGAGCCUCCAUUGGCUGUCGAAGGUUCCGGAUGGUUUGGAGGGCGACGGCGGGAGAAUGACAAUGAAUAAAGGGAAGCUUUAUAUUUCUCCGACCAGCCCCCAGAGCGUGUUGGAGGCGUACGGUGCGCAGUUUAGGAAUGACUUUUCGACGUUCAUGAAAUCGCGUUCCGAAGAAACGAUUUCCGGUGGGCGUAUGGUUUUAACUCUCAUGGGGAGGAAAUCCCUGGACCCCACAACCGCAGAUAGCUGCUAUCACUGGGAGCUCUUGGCACAGGCUUUAACCACCUUGGUUUCACAGGGUGUGAUUGAAGAGGAAAAAAUUGACUCAUUUAACGCGCCAUACUACGCGCCAUGCAUGGAGGAAGUGAAGAAGGAGACAGAGAAAGAAGGGUCAUUCAUUAUAGAUCAGUUCGAAGAGUUGGAAGUGGAGUGGGAUGGGCUCGGCGCCGAGGCGGAGAGUGGACUCAAAAUUCUGUCCAGAGGAGAGAGAGUGGCGAACACUAUAAGGGCUGUGGUUGAGACCAUGUUGGAAGCUCAUUUUGGAGGCAAUAUUAUGGACGAUUUGUUCCACCGAUAUGGGGCCAUUGUUCAAGAUUACUUGUCCACCAAUACAACUAAGUAUACCAACUUGGUUGUUUCUUUUGUCAAGAAAUGAAUUCUCAGUUGGUGGUAGAAAAAGGGUUGUUGGGAUUCAAAUUAAAUGUGGUCUAAAAAUUUGAAUUAGGACAAAUAUGUACGUAUCUUCUAGUUUGUAAGCCAAUUAAUAAUAUUAUGCUCAUAAUAGACAAAAAGUUUAUGUUGUAUUUUUUUUGUUUUA